GUAAAUGGGUUUAUAUCAGCAAUAAUUCACAUUAAUCUUUAAACCAUUUGAGAUAAGUUGAGGGUUCCCAUGGAGAGUGUGCUUUCGGUUUUGGCGGCUGAACAAAGUGAAACUUUCUUUGGAUGGCAAAGCGGAGCUAUAAAAGUAGCUUCAGACUCAAUAGACUAAAAGUGAGGGAGGGAGAAGGAGAAGGAGAAAGAAGGAGUUGAAGACUGCGAGAAGGCUUAGAAGGAAAGCAAAGACUGGCUACGAACUCUUCAGCUGGAAAAAAUGCUGCCUCUCCUGACAGUUCUGGUCCUGGCUUUGAUGGGAGCCUUCAUUGGAGAAAACCAGGUUUUAUGUGACCUCGAGGAGAUUCCAUUAACCAUGGCCCCAGAUUCAUAUGAUGACCAGUACAUCGGCUGCCCUUCUACGAUGGAGAACAAGUUGAUGGAUCCAACUACAGAUGGAUUUAAGGCGAAGUAUGAUUUCAUCUGGAAAAAUGCAACCAACUACUGGAACAAAAUUCAAGGCUCUCUCCAACUGCCUAAUGGCUUCAAGGACGAAUAUGGGAUUGCACUCGUUGCUUAUUCUGCCUGCAGCAAGUUGUACCUAGAUUUCAACACAGCAGUUCGGGAAGGUGGAAAAUCCAAUACAAACUAUGAAAAUUCUUUCCAUUUCAAGAGUUUCCACUUUCUUCUGACAAAAGCCGUCCAGGCCCUGAAGACCUCCAAACCUGAUUGCUACACUGUGUAUCGUGGCAUAAAAAAUAAAAGAUUCACUGUCCCUGAUGAAAAUAAGCCUGUCCGUUUCGGACAGUUUAGUUCUUCAUCCCUCAGUGAAAAAGUUGCAAGGGACAUUGGGGAGGACACUUUAUUCAGAAUCUACACCUGUUUGGGAGUCCAAAUCAGUGACUUCUCCUACUUCCCUCAUCAACAAGAGAUUUUGAUCCCACCUUACGAGACGUUCAUGUUUAUAGAAGGCCAAAAUAACGACAAAUCUCAAAUCAAGCUCAGCAGUUAUUACAGCAAGAGCAGCUAUUUCAACUGUCAAUCUAAGAAAGGUAAGAAGCCCACUCUCACGCACAAAUCAGACCAGGUGACCCUUGCCCCAUUUCUCAUGCCUGGCUCCAGGUGA